UUGAAGUUAGAGUUGAAUGAGGCUAAUGAGCAAAUAACACAAUUUAAAACAUAUAUAGAUAACCUUAAAGCCUCCCAGACUCAAAGCCUGUUCUCUGAGCUUGUGCAAUGUGAUACUUCAAGAAUGUUACAGCAAUCUGCAACAAUAGACUUGACUGGUGACGACUCUUCCACUUCAGAAAACACAGUAAGGAUUAAUUGCAGUAAAACCAAAUUGAAGAAUCUUCUAGGCACUGAAAAUGGUUUUGUAACUCGAUCUGAAAGGUUUCGGGACUUUGGAACAGAGCACGAGGGGGGCGGAGCGUUGACUUCAUUAGACGAGACCUCUCCAACUUAA